AAUUUCAAUUUUAAAAUUAUGUGGUCCUAAACUUGAUAUUGUUGUCUAUUUUGUGACAGAUUCUGAUGCUUUCACAAUAAAGAUGCAUCAUGGUGGUGAAUUCAAGGAAACACCAAUUAAGGUAUAUGAAGGUGAUAAGGUUGAUAGAGUUAAUUUGGAUGAUAUGGCUGAAAAUUUAGGUUACACAUCAUAUGUGGUUUUUAUUACAAAGUCCUUCAGAAAGAUAUGGAAUUGGGCUUGGUACACAUAAAGUUUGAUAGUGAAGUUAUGGGAAUGAUUGAUUGUCUACUAACGAAUAGAGUUGCUGAAAUGUAUCUAGUCCACCUAGAUGGUAUACCACCGAGAAGUCAGGUUGUUGAUGGUAAUCCACGCCAGGGGAAGACAGUAUUGACGUUAUCAUCAGAUUCAAGUGAUUAUGAACAUUUAAUGGAUGAGUAUGGCAUGUGUGAUGACAAUGAUGAAUUGUAUGAGAAUAACAUAGAUGUAGAAUGGGGUGGGGUUAGAAAUAAAACAGAAGGUCAGAAAAGGGUUGAGGUUAGAAACAUUACACAACGUCUGGAAAGGGUUGAAUGA